UCGAAAUAAUUAUUGCUAAAAUAAUCAUAAUUCUAGUUUGUGCUUGUGAUUUACAGAUUAGUGUUAUGUCAUAUUUAUCUUUUUAUGAUCUAGGUUAAAACUGUCGUCAGAUUAAAAAACCACCAAAAUGAAGGAAGAGGAAUUGAAAUAUAAUCUCCGUUUAUUGGAUGAGCUAACAGUAGAUGUUUUUAAGGAAAUCUUACAAAUAUUUCACUCCACCCAAGAAUCUAGAGCAGUCAAAGAGUCAGUCAGUCUAUCUAGCCAAGCAAUGGAGUUUCUGGGAAAAAAUCUGAAAAGUAAUCCAGUGACAACCUCUACAGUUCUGAAUUUUCUCCACUCCUAUAUUACUGAUACAAAUGAGUUACAUAAAUUACAAUUACUGUACUUAGAUGUUUUGAAAACCGAAUUAACAAACAAUUGUCCAGAUCGAGUGAUAACAAUUUUAUCACUAGUGAAAUGGGACGAAAAACUACAGUCUGUAUUCAUAAAUGAUAUAUUUACACAUUUCUCAGAUGAUAUAUUUAGACAACAUAGAAAGCAAAUUCUCAUUAGCUUAGUAAAACAUAGUAAACCUGAACUCAUAAACAUAGCGUCAGACAUGAUACAUAAAAAUGAAUCGCAGAAGAAUUUCAAGCUUACAGCUGAAUACAUGAUAGAGCUUUGUUAUCAAGACAAAACUCACUGGCUGUUAAAAGCUGCGCAAAUUUACAAGCAGCAGUUGCAAGAUAUGAAAACUGUAACAUUCGAAAUAAACAACUUCACAAAGCAGAUACUGAUAAUGGUGCUUAUAGAUCUCACAAAUUCCCCAGAAACGUACGAUUUACCAUCAUUAGUCAAUCAAUUGACAAAUAUAUUCUCUAUCCUGGAUACAUAUACAACAACUGAUCUAAAUUUACAAUUUUAUAUGACUGAAGUUAAAAGAGAGUUAAGUGUGAUAAAAUUUUGUUUGGAAAAUAACUGUAAAAUAAUGUCCACAUCUAUAUUUAGUCAAGUUUUAAGCCAAAGCGCUUUGACGGUCAUAUCGCAGGUGUGCAGUCUUUCCAAGUUUGACAGAUACAAAGUUUCCAAGCUUCUACACACCAAUAAUGAUUUUAUAACUGAACUAUUAGCACUAAGCAAUAAAACCGAGAAGAAGACUGAUAAUAUUUGCACUAACUGGGAUAUUUCUACAUACAACAGUUACUGUGCAAUAACUAAAGUAAUAGAUACAAUAUUAAAUUCAUCGGAAAGUAUUGACAACACACAAGAAAUGAGCACAUCAUUGGACGAUAUCAAACGUUUAGUCUUAUCAAUUCAACCUGUGCAAUAUUGUAUUGAAGUUAUAGAAACGAUAUUCUCUUGUUUAUUUCUGAGAUAUGAAUACUUUUCUUGCUAUGAACACAACCAGGAAUUUCCAUGUGGAACACAUUCAGAGUGUUCGUAUUUUUACUCAAAAAAGCAAAACAAAACUACUGCAAACAUCAACAGUGCCAGUACUGGUUUUAUGUGCAAUGCAUUGACAACACAGAUAAUAUUAAAUACCUUGAAACUGUGCUUGGAAACUCUCAUGGAUAGAGAUGUUAAAACUAUAGAAGAUAAUGAUCCAAAUACAUAUGCACGUUUUAAAACACUGGUUAGCGUGGUAAAUCAUUCAAUAUGGAAAAUGCAGUUAGUAUCAACUCUUUCGCCUGAUACUAGUCCCUUACAACUAAAGUUGUGCUUGGAUUAUGUUGAAGUAGACGACAGCAGUGAGGACGAAGAACGGGAAUUCGAUCAAAGAGCGCAUAGGAAAAAAACUAAGAUGAAACGUCGUCAUACUAAUCCUAAACCCGAAGUUGAACAUGUUAUGCUUGCUUCUACAGUUUCCGCUUCAGAAGAUGCUUAUUCAUUAAAGAAGAAUACGAUAGAUUUUAUUUCCAUCAUGCUGGCAAAGCCAAAUUGUCUUGUGGCACUCGCGCUCUACCAAAACGACUUUUCAAAAGCGAAUCAGAUUUUAGAGAUGUUUGAUUUGUCCGAUUCAGAAAUUGCUACAGAAGUAACUUUUACGGAACAAUUGAGACAUUUAGUAGCGAAGAUAAAAAAUAUUAUUUGCUACAGAGAUUGUUCCCGCUACCCAACUAAGGAAUUGUCGGCACUAUCCGUUGUAUCCACUGAAGUUAUGGGACUUGUUGAAGGUUUCCUAGCUUCAAAUAGAGCGCCAAACUCUUUCGACAUCAUUGAAUUAGGCUCACGACACCCGCAUCUGCAACUUUAUAAUCAUCAAAAUGCCCCAUUUAUAAACGCUGUUGACAUACUCUUGAGCAGCGGUCUCAAUAGAGAAAUAACGUACGGGCUUAUAAAUGUAGUUGAACGCAAGCUCGCAGAAGUGAGAUGCAGUACGGAUGUAACGGCUGUCAAAAAGAAUAACUAUAUAAGAUUUGUAGAAGACAUAGCCAGUGUUACAUUCGAAAUUUUCGGUAACACAGAGAAAUCUUUCGACUUCGUUGAUAACGUUUGUGAGUUGAUAACAGAUUGCCGCAUUCCGAUUAAGCAUAAAGACUUCUGCAAACUAAACCAACUAUCCAAAGAAUUAAGACAAUGCUGCUUAGAUUUAGCAGACAUCGUAAAUUCUACCAAAAAAACCGAUUUCGAUGAUAAUUUAUUACAGAAAUAUCACCAAAUUUAUAUGAAUGUUGUGGCGGCUUCAGAUAAAGACUUAUGUAAUGUUGGAGAGGUGUCUCGACAUGGUACAAAAAAAGCUAGAGUGCCUUAUUUAAGAAAAUGUUACAUGUAUACGAAAUCGGUAUCACAGCUUGAACAAGAGGAUCUCCAAAAUGCAUCUUCAACUGAAGAACCCUACUUCUCGGUAUUAGAAAGGCAACUACACGAUAUAUUCGGAAAUAUGAUUAACAAUAAAGAACUGCCUGUGACAUAUUUGGAGCCGAUAUGCAAAAAGUUAAAUGUCAAUUUGAUACCCAAAUUGAUCUUGAAUUUCUGCCCAUCGAUUACUUUACCCGGAUCUUUAAGAGAAGCUACUGAAGAAAACUUUAACAACCUUCUUCAGGGCGUAUUCGAUUUCAAGAAUUUGGAAGAGAAAUUGUUCGUUGAACCAACAGCCAAUUUUGCUCCAUUACCGAGAACUCCAGAUCCUCAAUGCUUAACAUACGUUGUCUUACACAAUUGGGUACUCGCCCAUAUAAUCAGGAAAAUUCAUUCGAGCUUGAGCGAAAGCACAAGUCAGCAUAGUAUGGAUGCGAGAACCAAAUACUUAAACAAAUACAUGGAUUUAGACAGAUUUGAUAGUACCAAAGUUUUAUUCGGAAACAAUAAGUGUUUGGCUUCACUUCACACUAUUAUAGAUUUGGAUAAAUUGUUUCUUUAUAUGCCACAGCUGCUAGAGUCAGGGAAAAUAAUGCAAUGCUUGAAAAUAAUCGACGCAUUAUCCGAACGGCAGUUGAAGUGCAGUGCAAAUUUAAUGAACUUGAGAGACUUGAUGCUGUUCAAAAUAGCGACGAAUCCAAAAGUCCCUAACUGUUGGAAGUACUGUCAGUACUUGAAAUGUCCAGAACUCAAGUUCGACCUUAUUCUGAACAAUCUAUCAUGCUGGCCUGCCGAAGGAGCAAUGGAAGCUAUCGAUUAUCUGCGUUUUGUUUUGGACCAAACGGUUGAGGAGGAAGGUUUAUAUGAAAGAUGUAAUGAAUGGAAGAUUAAAAUACCUCUUUAUGAGCAGAUAGCCUCAAUAAUGGGCACUAAUCAUUGGUACACAAUAUACGAGAAAUCGGUGGAAAAUCCCGAGAAUAUUAUUGAGGUUCUCAUGGAUAGUCAGCAGUUCAAAUUGUGCUUAGAAUGGGCAGACACCCAUGACGUGUCAGAACAUAUGAAAAAUUUGAUUGUAGUUAAUCUGUUACGCCAAUUCUUUGAAUACACAAACCAGGCGACGCCAUCUUUAGUGCAAGAUUUACUUAGAAGAUUACCAAAUAUCCAAGCAGUAGACUUGGUCACAGAUGAAAUAUCUAAGAUCAGAAACACAGAGAUACUCCAAGUGUGUAUUGACUUCCUCGCAGCGAAUAGCACAACUUGGAGGACUUUCGAAAACAUUAAAACUGGAUUUCAAAUCAUGCUUGAGAUCGAGGCCAAUUCAAGACAUCUUUUCUGGGAUUUAAUAGAGAAACCUCUACUCAUGAUCGAGCAGCUUCUGAUGAACGCGAAAUUGGAAAUGCUGGCGCAUAUAAUAAACAAAAUUUCACCCAAUUUGAAAAACGAUUUGAGUGGCGACAAUCUUUACUAUAACAUAAAGACUAUAGAGACUUUACUGAUAUCUCGGAAUGCUGUAGACAGUUUGUUGAGGUAUUACGCAGAAAAAGCCUUGGACAUGAAAAACCCAUGGCAUACCAACUGUCCCGCACCCCUGAAACCUUGGGACGAUUCGCUGCUGCAGUCAAUAGAUUCCAUCAACAUCGAGGCUGCAUCGAAGCCGUUUGUGAUGCCUGAACACGUGCCUGCGAAGGAGCAAUGGGUUGAGGAUUACACGGUUGACAGAUGCAUGAUGUGCAAAAUAUCGAUAUUCUCGAUGAUCAUACGCAGGCAUCACUGCAGGCGAUGUGGGAGAUUGAUAUGUCACGCUUGUUCCAGAAGUCAGAUGCAGGUACCAUCAUACCCAAGUGGUGUGAAAUUCCGCGUCUGCGACGACUGUUACACGCAAACGAUGAACAAGAAAACGAAUUCCGAAUACGACAAUUUGAUGCUGAGUAGCAACUCGGAUUCCGCUGGCAGUGGCAACACUUGUAUGGACUGGUGCCUCUCUACCAACGCUAAGAAGAAUGAGGCCGUGCGAGCAGAGUUCAGUUACGAGUUCACACCGAACGUCACGCUUUGUUUGUCGAUAAUGAAGAUGCAUACGUUUAGUUUGGACUAUCCGAGGUUCCUCUUAGAUCGCAGCGAUGAAGUGGCGCGAGAGUUGGCUAAUGGAGGUGACUCUAGACUCUUAGUGCGCGCUCGAAGGUCUUUGCUAUUAGCUGCUGCAGAACUAUACUCAAGGGCUCCGAGUGAGAAGUCUGGAGGCAUGCGAGUAGCUGAGACGGGCGCGGCGCACGCUACCCGCUGUCUGGCGCACGCGGACGCCAUGGCCACCCUCGUUAAACACCAAGCACACCAUUUGGUGCCGCACCAGGGAGCCCAUCCGAGUCAAAUCGUGCGUUCACUCCUCGAAGCGGAGAAAUGGGAGCUGGCAUUGGAAAUAGCCACCAAAUCGGGACUCCCUAGAAACAGCGUACUCGCAGCUUGGGGCAAAGCAUGUCUGAAAGCUGGUUGCUUUAAAGAAGCAAGACGAAAAUUCGCUCUGUGUUUCAAAAACACACACGUGUGUGUCGAUGUAGAUGAACUCGAAUACGGGAAGGAAGCCUCGGAGUUCAACUUCGUGAAUAGAAGGUUGAAUAAUAUGAGAUCUUCAGAAAGGUCCAUAUCGACUUCUAGUGCGACCUCUGAAGGAAGGGGUAGGACGAACGUGCCACUGUUGAAUGAGAUCAUCUGUAUGCUGGAGGACAUGAACUAUCCCGUUAACCAACAGUUGUUGGACAAAGCUGAAACUAUAAAGUCUACUAACGAAAGGUUAUCAACAAUGAACACGAGUAAAAAGAAGAUUCAACUAACCGAGCCGGCUCUGAACAUAAUGCACAUGUUGGCGAGCGUGAAAAAAAUAAAACAAGGAGACUAUAGCGAUUUCCAGCAGAAAGCUACAAUUCAACCGAAGAAAACUCUAGCCCAAGAACUCUUAAGAAGGGGUAACCAUAACGAAGUUAAAGUCGAUCUAUCCAGUAAAAAACUCGAUCCUUUUUUCUACAGAGAAUGUAUUUAUUAUCUCAGCAAUUAUGGAUCUCACGUUGCUAACAUAAUGUUUUACAUGAAACACAGUAACUUGCGUGAAGUUAUCCGGUACUGUUACGAUAAUAUGGUAGAAAAGGAAACGUUUACAGAGUCCGUUUAUAUGGAGUGUUUGAAGAAGAAUAAAGUCAAUGAUUUGCUUAAGUCGAUGAGCGAUAUGGACAGUUCUCUAGAAAUGUGGUCGGAGUACAUAAUGCAUAUCUGCCGCACACUGGAAGUUGGUAAGAAACUCGACGCGUUGUACGCUUUGCAAUGCGGCACGGGGCAGCACGCUCGGGCCUCGGCCUCGUGUGCGUUACUGUACUCCAGGCCGAUACCCCCGGGCAACCCGCCUUUUGCUGUGCUGCUCGCGAGACAACAUCAUUUGACCGCUGCGUUACACCAUCUGAACCAGUGCGUACCGGUUACCAACAAGAUGAGCGAUCCAAAAUCCAUCCAGUUCCAUCUAGACAAAGUGACCAUAGACAAUCUAAUGACAACAAUGUCUCGACAAAUGGAGCUGGCCAAAUACCUGGCGGCUUGCGAAGCGAACGGAAGAUUGACCGAGAAAGUUAUCAAUGACGUCAUACCUGCACAGGGCGGUAGAAAAGAUGACGGAGAUUUAAGACCCUUGACCCUCUUCGGAUCGAAUACAGAUAAGAUAAGAAUUGUUGCUUUGGUACUGGCGAGUGGACCCUCGAUAGAGAGUGGAUUGGAUUUGGCAUUCAAGAUAGUCGGUGAACACAAACUGGACUCGAUGAACAUCUACAUCCACGUGGCCAAGUACCUGGUCAACGCGGACCGAUUCAUGGAAGUGAAGACGCUCGCCAAGUGCAUCCGCGCUUCCAACGAGACUGCUGCCAACCUGAUGAGCGACCAAGUGCUGGAAGCGGGCACCGCUGCGGUCGUGGCCCGAUGCGAGGCGCGCGGACAACUGCACGAUGAGCAAGCGGAAUUACUCAUCAAUGAUAUCACUAGCCAUGCUAUCAAGAUAUCCUGCUACCUGGUGUGCCGGAACGUAAGCAGUGCUUACAUCCUGGCAGCCAAGCAUGAGCGGACCAACGAUCUGCGCAAAGUGCUACACGAGGCCGAGCGACUUGGCAACGACCAAGUUAGGAACGCGUGCCUCAAACGACUCACCUCAAAGAACGUGCUAGUGUAACGCGUUACAAUAAUCUAAUAGUUUGGCGGUUACCCCUUUUAUGUCUGUCACGCGUAUAAUUUGACUACACCUCCCGCAGCACCAACGUGAACGGUUCCCCUAUUCAAUGGGGAUAUCCCUAUCUCUACUAAUAUUAUAAAUGUGAAUGUAAGUUUGUUUGUUACGCUUUCACACAAAAACUACU